AGAUCCGUUGACCUCGCUUUGACUCUAUGAAUUGUUGUCAGCUUUGCCUUGUGCCUUCCCUCCUUCGUCUUCUACACUGCACCAAAACGGAAAAGAUGGUUUCCUCUCUGAGUACUGUUCGAUCCACGCCUUCUCGAACCAGUCUUGCACCUUAUAAACGUCAGGUAACCCUUCACGGUUCGUCAAUUUCACUCCCGAGAAAUGGGUUCUCUCCGUUGAAGAUAGCUUGCCUUCAAUCUAGUAUGCACUUCAACAACUUCUCUACGCCUUUUUAUCCCCAAUUUUGAUAAAAUGGUUUGUUAUGUUUUCUGGGUUUUAGUCCUUUUGUUGAACAGUCCUUGUUUCUGCAUAAUAGAAUGUUCCUCUGAUUUGGGUGUUUCAUGAAUCAUGUUGUACUAUUGAAUUUGAAAUGCGUGGUUUGGUAGCUUUAUGAAUGCCUUUCAAUGUUGUCGACCUUUGUUUGGUUUUUGUUUUUAAGUGUGUAAUAUUAUUCAUUUGGUUCACGUUUAUAGCCAUUUCAAAGAAAUAUUGUAAUCUUGAGCUCCUACUUUUCAGUGUAUUUGUUAACAAUGGUGGACUCCAUAAUGGCUUUUUGCAGUGCUUGCACUACUAUAGUUAAGCUUACUUAUUCUGCAAGUGGACAUGAUGGAGAACAAUCUGAGAUCAUUUUUAUGAGGACAAGAACUAGUGCAAGGAUUCCUCUUGUUAGCUGUCUAACAGAUCCUUUUAAGAAGUGUCCAGUAUUACCAAAUUGCAACAACUAUAAGUAGUUUACAGUUGAUUACUUUAGAGUUUUAACCUUAAAAUUGAUUGAGCGAUUGAAGACACUGAAUGGUUGUCAGUGCUCACAGGUGUGCCUAAAAGCUUUGGAACCAGGUGAUAAAAAUAGGAGAUUGAAUACAAGCAUCCUUAUUCAAUAUACUAGGCCUUCGGGAAGCUAUAACAUUCUGAUAGAUGCUGGAAAAGUAAGUGAAAUACUUCAUCCUUUUGUUCUUAUUUACAUCACACAUCAAUGUCAGGUGGAAAUGUAGGGUUGUCUUCGGAUGUAAUAUGUUUGCUGUCCUUUCUUGUCACAAUUCGAUUCAAUUCUUGUUGAAGUGGUAUACUGAUGUUAAAUAAUUUGAAGCUGCAUUUCCCCCUGAAGAAUAAAGUUUGACUUUCAUU